AAUCGGAAGGAAGAUUUGAUUGGACCAAGAGGAGAAAACUGUGAAACGCGGCCUGUGAUUGGCUGUACGUAAAGCGGCAGGAACUCCCGGGUUGGUUGCAUCCUUAGCUCUGGAAGAGGACGGCACUGCUAUCAAACUGUACUAGUGAGGAGCUGGAGGUGUUUUUAGGGGGGGACUAGGAGCCAUUGCUGUUGUUUUAUUUUUUAACAGACUUUUCUUCCAACGUAUGAAAAAGAAAGCUCGUUUUUUUUUUAUAGGUGUAGCUAGCAAAACAAGCAACAACUGCUGCUGACGCUUUGCCAACUGACUAUACAGGCCUGUUAGUGUGUGUUUAGGGGGGGGCUACUGAUUAAAGUCAGCAUCAUUACCAGAAACUGAUGGCUUGUGCUAGUUUUAGAUUGCUGAUCGCUGUGAUCUUGAGCGCCUUCGUCGUAAAUGCGAAACCCACGCUGAGGAAAGAGAGGGUUCUCCGUGAUCCAGAGCAGAGCAGGCAAGCCCACGAAGACAAUAAGAGCUAUCAGUAUGACCAUGAGGCCUUUCUGGGUAAGGACGAGGCCAAGACGUUUGACCAGCUCACCCCAGAGGAGAGCAGAGACAGACUGAGCAAAAUCGUGGAUCGUAUCGAUGGAGACGCGGAUGGAUACAUCACAACGGAUGAACUGAAGGCCUGGAUAAAGCGUGUCCAGAAGCGCUACGUGUACGAGAACGUAGCAAAGGUGUGGGCUGAUUACGACCUGAACAAAGACGACAAGAUCCAGUGGGAUGAGUACAAGCAGGCCACGUAUGGAUACUACCUGGCCAAUCCACAGGAGUUUGAGGACGCCACAGACCAGUUCAGCUUUAAGAAGAUGCUUCCUCGGGAUGAGAGGAGGUUUAAAACAGCAGAUCUGAACGGUGACCUGGCAGCAGACAGGGAAGAGUUCACAUCCUUCCUCCAUCCGGAGGAGUUUGAACGCAUGAAAGAUAUUGUGAUUCUAGAAACGCUGGAGGACAUUGACAGGAAUGGUGACGGACAUGUGGAUGAAGACGAGUACAUUGCUGACAUGUUUGCUCACGAGGAUGGGGGUCCUGAGCCAGACUGGGUCAGGACUGAGAGGGAACAGUUCUCUGACUUCCGAGACCUGAACAAAGAUGGAAAGAUGGACCAGGAUGAAAUCAGGCAUUGGAUCCUGCCACAGGACUAUGACCACGCCCAGGCCGAGGCCAGGCAUCUGGUGUACGAGUCCGACCAGGACAGGGAUCAGAAACUGACCAAACAGGAGAUUCUUGAAAACUGGAACAUGUUUGUCGGAAGUCAGGCCACCAAUUAUGGUGAGGACCUCACCAGGAACCAUGAUGAGCUUUGAUAUCUCAAUGGAGUGGGCUUCACACGCAUGCCUCUCCAACAGACACUUUAGAUUCCACAUAAGAUGGACAGAAGAUGGUCCUGCUAAGGUUUCCUGGACCUUUUCCCUCCUCUUUUAGAUAGUUUUGUUCCUGACAUUCAGGAGCAAAUCCAAGGGGGUCCAGCUCUGUUUUUUUUUUUUUUUUAAUCAGUGCCUUCCAGCCAUGGAGCAGCAGGUUUUGCUGCCUCAGAGAUUUGUAUAAAUGAUUUUACCGUAGAUCAAACCAAUCAUUGGUUAUAUGAACAAUUUGUGAUAGCAUCGAUAAUGUGAAACUUUGUCUUAGAGGAUUUAUUGUGAUUCCUGUUAUUAGAUGUUUAUCAGAUAACCAUGAUGAUGAAAGUUAACGAGCCGUAGGAUAUUUCUUUUUACUGAACUUGUUUCUGUGUUUGCAGUCUAAUUACAGUUUUACUAACUUGUAACGGGUUUCUUUUCAGUUGAAGCAAUUUUUUUUUUCAAUAGAUGUUACAUGGCAUGAAUUUUGCACGGAUUUUGGUUUUAAUGUAGCCUGUGAACAUCUUUUUUUUUUUUCUUCUUCCUCUUAUUUUUAUUGUAUUUAUUAGUAUUUUUAAAGACGUGUUACUUAUCAUUCAGCUGUUUUAGGUUUUAGUUGAAAGCAUUAUUUUUUUACUUAAAAGCAGGAAAUACAUCUGGGGGAAAACGGUAAUAGUUUUUAGUUUAGUGUGGACAUCCUACAUAGUGGCUUUUGCCAAUUUUUGUUUGUCCUUUCAGGGAGUUUGUGACUUUGAUAUUAUAAAAGAAAAUCAAAAGAAAACAGUUAUUCAGACAUAUUUAUAGAGAUCAAAAUAUUGUUAAAUCCUUUUUUUCCUUUUUGUGAGAAACUGCGAACACUAAGGUGUAUAUAUAUAUAUACCGUAAUUCCGACCAGUUGCAUAAAAAGUAAAUGUCUAUUGAUAAAUGCCUUUUUUGUUUUGUUUUUUGUUUAAAUCCCUGUCCUUUAUUACAUUGUAAUGACUCUAUGACUUUUUUUAGGGUCUGAGGUGUAAAAGAAAAUGGUUACUGAACUGUUUACAAAAGGUUGUGAAUUCUAAUGCCAU